UAUUCCUGAAAUAUUGCUUAGGUGUAAAGUAAGGGGAUAUAACUUAAGAAUAAUGAAUUGCUCCCAUUACAACAGGUGUAACAGGAACGUUAUAAGGGAUGACUAUAUUAGACACAUAACGUGCUUCGCAUCGCAAAUGACUAUAAACCUAAGAAGAAGAAGAUGAAUGUGACGCAAGUGACUCCGUCCGCUGGUCCCACUUGUCAUUUAGACCGGGUAUCGAGGUUUUUGGUUCCUAGAGCCAGUAGCACCUAGCUGGUUAAACUUUUUAAAUAUCGGUUUCAUUACAAGUACCGUGAUAACACAGAAUAUGGCAGUAAACACAGGCACCUCUCUAGUGCUGUCCAGUCUGCUGUCAGUGCUUGUAUUUGCGGGGAUGCAGAUGUUCUGUAAGCAGCUGGGAUCUACUGAGUGGCUCACCAUCUUGGGAGGUUUCCUAGGGUCAGUGCUCUUCAUCUGUUCUCUCACUGCAUUUAAUAAUCUGGAAAACCUGAUCUUUGGGAAGGGAUUCCAAGCCAAGAUAUUCCCUGAAAUUCUGGUGUGUCUCUGCUUGUCACUGUUUGCCUCUGGUCUGGUACACCGUGUCUGUGUCACCACAUGCCUCAUAUUCUCCCUUUUCGCCUUGUACUACAUCAACAAAGUAUCUGCCGCCCUCUACCAAGCGGCCGUUCCUGCGGUAACACCAGCCAAGGCUGCCAGCAAAGGCAAGAGGAAGAACUGAUGGAUCUUCUGGAUUGCACUUGAAUCAGUGUAACCCAGGUGGGGUAGCCAGUGCAACAUGGCAGUUGCAUAUUUUGUUAAAAAAAAAAACAUGGUGUAUUUCUGCAAGCUUUUUAAAAAUUUGGUUGGGAAUAUUAUUUGGACAGUUCAGUGACAACCAGCUUGCAUACAUAAGUUUUGUUUUCUGAACUUGGAUUGGAACCACGGGGGAAACUGGUUUAUAUAAAGCCAUAAAAAUAGCUAAACAGCUAUGGACAUUCCAACUGUCCUUCAGCAUUUUUUUUUUAAACUGGUUGCACAGAGAUUCAUACAUCCCAUUGUGUUAUUUCUAGAUUCACGAGCACAUCAAGUUGCUUUUUGUUUAAAUUUUGUAAUUAAACUCUGUAAAAAAGACUUGUGUCAAAAUAUUUGCAAAUGACUGUCUGUCUGGGUGUGGUGCUAUUUCGAAAUUGCGAGCUAAUAGACAACAGAGAGAAACAGGACCUCUCCCCCACAGAGCUGCUUUAUAGUCACCAGAAAUUAACUGGGUGUUUUCCACAGAUGUAUUUAUGGGAUAAGUAGAUACAGAGCAAAUAUAUGUAUAUAAAGUUUAAUUGUAAUCCA